UCCAAUCAACAGCUAUACCUACAGACAGAACCCGCUACGAUAUCGUCGUCCCAGCCUCUUCUCCAGCCUCGCAACCGCGCACAUUCCUAUCGCCUUCCCAGUCGCACUCUCAAUUGCAAACGAUCAUCAUCAUCAUCUGAUCGCAACAUGCCAGGCGAAGAGAAAGAGCUGAACCAGAAGCAGUCCGGACCCUCCUAUAGUAUCAAGGGGCAGCUCUUUGCUAUUUCCGGGGCUGGGUCAGGUAUCGGACGUGCGACGGCUACACUGCUGGUUGCAAGCGGCGCAAAGGUCGCCCUCGGGGACAAGAACGAAGAAGCAGUGUCGCAGCUUGCGAAAGAGCUUGGGGCGAGUGCGAUAUGGGCGAAAGUGGACGUUACAGUUAGGGAAGAGGUAGAGCAUUGGCUGGCGCAUGCGCCGACGAGGUUUGGGUUGAAGCAAAUCGAUGGCGCAGUGAACCUCGCAGGUAUCUCAGGUCGCCUCGAAACUGCUGCAAAUUUCGACACCGCCGACUACGAGGCCGUCUUCGCAGUCAACGUCCAAGGCACAUUCAACUGCAUGUCAGCCGAGCUGCGCAACAUGCGCGUCGCAAGUCCAGGUGUGCCAGGUGGAUCGAUCGUGAACGCGGCGUCGAUAACUGGGCUUGUCGGCAAGCAAAACUGCUCAGUCUAUUGCGCCUCGAAGCAUGCCGUCGUUGGGCUCACAAAAGCUGCUGCAAGGGAGCAGGAGCGGACUGGAAUCCGCAUUAACGCCAUCGCACCAGGCUUUGUCAACACACCCCUCAUGGACGCCCUCGAUACUGAACUUGGAUUCCAACUCCCGAACAACGCCGUGCUCGGCCGACGCGCCGACCCUAUUGAGAUAGCGAAAAUAAUCCAGUUCCUGCUUAGCAGCGACGCGAGCUACGUUACUGGCUCUGUGUGGCAGGCCGAUGGUGGCAUGCUGUGUUGAGUUGAGAUAAGGGAAAAGAAAGACGUGCAGACGCGAAUUGGUGUUGUGGAAGCGAGAGUGGGUACGAGGAGAGGUCGCUAUACACUCUCUAGGAUUAGGUCGGGCUUCUGUGAUGGGUGUGGAGAAGUUCCACUUUGGGAGGACGACGAUGGUUGGAAGCGAGGCAGGCUUAUGCUUACUUGCCGAGAUGUCAUACACUGUCUUUUUCAGCCUUAUAAAAAGAAAUGU